AUGGAGGGAAUGAGCGCGCUGCUGGCCCGCUAUCCAACGGCCGGCCUCGCCGGCGGCCUGGGGGUCACGGCGUGCGCCGCCGCCGGCGUGCUGCUCUACCGGAUCGCACGGAGGAUGAAGCCGACACACACUGUCGUCAACUGCUGGUUCUGCAACCAGGACACGGUGGUGCCCUAUGGGAACCGCAACUGCUGGGACUGCCCCCACUGCGAACAGUACAACGGCUUCCAGGAGAAUGGCGACUACAACAAGCCGAUCCCCGCCCAGUACCUGGAGCACCUGAAUCAUGUGGUGAGCAGUGCGCCCGGUCCCCGAGCCCCCAUGCAGCCCCCGCAGUGGGUGAGCAGCCAGGUGCUGCUGUGCCGGCGGUGCAGUCACCACCAGACCACCAAGAUCAAGCAGCUGGCCGCCUUCUCGCCGCGCGAUGAGGGCAGAUAUGACGAGGAGAUCGAGGUGUACCGGCACCACCUGGAGCAGAUGUACAAGCUGUGCCGGCCGUGCCAGGCGGCCGUCGAGCACUACAUCAAGCACCAGAACCGCCAGCUGCGUGCCCUGCUGCUCAGCCACCAGUUCAAGCGCCGGGAGGCCGACCAGACCCACACGCAGAGCUUCUGCUCAUCCGUGGUGAAGGCCCCGCUCCAGGUCAUCGUGCUCCGAGCCCUCGCCUUCCUGACCUGCGCCUUCCUGCUGCCCACCGCGCUGUACGGCACCAGCAACCCCUUUGCCCCGGGGGCGCCCCUGCCCCCGGCCCUGCCACCUGGUAGCAAUGGCUCGGCCCCGCCUGACAACAGCACAGCCCCCGGGACCGAGGGCUGGCGGCAGCUGCUGGGCCUGCUGCCCAAGCACGCGGCGGAGAAGCUGCACGAGGCCUGGGCCUUUGGGCAGAGCCACCAGAUGGGCGUCGUGGGGCUGGGCCUGCUCACCUGCCUGCUGGCCAUGCUGCUGGCCGGCCGCCUCAGGCUCCGGAGGAUCGACGCCUUCUCCACUGGCCUGUGGGCCCUGCUGCUGGCGCUGCACCUGGCUGAGCAGUACCUGCAGGCUGCCUCGCCCAGCUGGCUGGACACGCUCAAGUUCAGCACCACGUCCCUGUGCUGCCUGGUGGGCUUCACAGCAGCCGUGGCCACGAGGAAGGCGACGGGCCCACGGAGGUUCCGGCCCCGAAGGUACCUCCCGGGAGACUCUGCCGGCCUCUUCCCCGCCAGCCCCAGCCUGGCCGUCCCCUGCCCAAGCGUCGCAGGCCCCUCGCCGGCUCUGUUCAUCCCCGCCCCGCCUGGCUUCCUGCCACUUGCCAACCAGCAGCUGUUCCGGUCUCCCCACCGGGCCUCGCCCUCCUCGCUGCCCGGCCGCCUCAGCCGGGCCCUCUCACUGGGAACCAUCCCCUCUCUGACACGAGCAGACUCAGGGUAUCUGUUCAGUGGGAGCCGCCCACCGUCUCAGGUGUCCCGAUCCAGAGAGGUUCCGGUUUCAGAUUACUUCUCUCUGCUGUCCGGGAGCUGCCCCUCCUCCCCUGUCCCUUCCCCAGCGCCCUCCGUGGCUGGCUCAGUGGCCUCCAGCUCUGGCUCUCUGCGCCACCGCAGGCCCCUCAUCAGCCCUGCCCGGCUCAACCUGAAGGGGCAGAAGCUGCUGCUGUUCCCGUCGCCCCCUGGGGAGGCCCCUAACACCCCCAGCAGCUCUGACGAACACUCGCCCCGCAAUGGCAGCCUCUUCACCAUCGAGCCGCCCCCCGUCCCACAGAGGCAGCCGGCGCGGGACACAAAGCACACUGUGGACAUGAAGUCAGUGCCGGAGGGGGGCAGCACGUGCAGCAGCCGCUCCAUCAAGAAAGAGGACGACUCAUCCCGGUCGUCCUCCUGUGUGGUGGACACCACCACCAGAGGGUGCGCAGAGGAGGCCCCCACCUGGCGAGGUCGUUUAGGCCCCUCGCUGAUCCGGGGCCUCCUGGCCGUGAGCUUGACUGUCAACGCCCUCUUCACCUCGGCCUACCUGUACCAGAGCCUGCGCUGA